AUGGAUGUGCAAGCAAUUAUGGAAGAUGCAUCUACGGUGCUCUUACUGAAAUGCAGCACUUCUCUGGUAGCGCCACCGUCGAUUGCUAACCCGACAAAGAUUUCUAUGAAUGACGUUUGGGUGGGAAUAUAUCGUGACUCAGAGCACCUUAUGACCACAUUUAAGAAAGUUCCGAGAGUGAUUGAGAUUAUCAUGUCAAAAGCAUCGAUAGUGCAAGACAUAAGAGAUGGAAAGAAUCGAAUUAACACUGAUGGAGGCCGUUUGAACUUCCUGAAGUACACAACUUGCGAGUUGAGUAGUUAUUGUUCACACUUAUUUUGUAAGACCGUGAAUCAUAGAGUAAUUAUAACUGGUCAGAUCUUGUUAAAGGUGCUCAACUUUUUGUACAUACGUUAUAGCUUUCCUUGUAUUCUUUUAGAAACGGUGAUGUUGGAAGUGACGCCUGAGGAUCUAAAAGUAAGGGGCUAUUGCGACACGUGUACUCAUUCUUCGAUCACUUCAUUUGCUGAUCAUAUCAUAAGCAUAGUCGAGAAAAUGCACAUCAAGGAAUUAAGUGCAGUUUUUAACGAACGAAAACAAUUCGUUUCAUUUCAGAGAGCUGUGGGUGAACAAAUAAGGUUCAACGAGCUUCCUGCCGGUACAAAUGCUCUUUUAGCUAUUUUAUCUUAUACUGGUUACAACCAAGAAGAUUCUGUGAUUAUGAAUCAGUCGGCUAUAGAUAGAGGUUUAUUCAGAUCAUGGUUUCCUACCGAUCUCAUCGCGAUUAAGAGGUCAACUUGGAUGAAGUUUGCCAGAAAUUUGUCGAGAAACUCACUAGUGAAAAGUGCUUUGGAAUGA